CCCCCCCCCCCCCCCUUUCUCAUCUCUCAAGCACCCGAGUUGGAUUCGGGCCAAAACCCCCGAGUCGACUCGGAUUCAACUCAAUGUCUCAACCGGCCUCGGAAGCCAAUCCGGACACCUCGAAACCCGAGACCCCCGACGUCCUCGUUCAGUACGUGGUGCUCCGGCGAGACCUAAUCGACACGUGGCCGCUGGGCAGUGUGGUAACACAGGGCUGCCAUGCUUCCGUCUCCGCCAUCCGGUCCCACAAAGACGACCCACGCACGCUCCAGUAUUGUAGCCCUGAAAAUAUCGAUUCUAUGCAUAAGGUUACUCUUGAGGUGAAGGGAGAACCUCAAAUAUUGAACUUGUCUGAGAAGCUCAAAGCUGGUGGCAUAGAGCACAAGCUGUGGAUUGAGCAACCUGAGAAUUUCCCAACUUGUCUCGCUACGAAACCUUACCCCAAAUCCAUCGUAUCUUCGUAUUUUAAAAAGUUGAAGCUCUGUAAGUGAUGUGAUACUCAGUCCUCGUCUGUUCGCAUGGCAAUUUAGUUGAUUGACAGUGACAGAUAAUGUGUUCCUACAGGAAUAGAUUAUAAACUUCUGCAGUUUUGCUUUCCCAUUGUGUCGAAAGUGUUAGAAUAUAGUCAAUUAACAAGUCUCCAUGUGAACGGUGUGAUAUUGUGCCGCCUUCAUGUCUUCUAUGGCGGCAAGAACUGUGUUGGUUUGAGAAAAUGAAUAUCAUGUGCAUUGUUGGUUUUA